AUGUCAAAUGGGUUUCAUUUCAAAACUGUAGACGUGGAAUUUUGGAAUAAUCCUAAAACUUCUACAAAUAAUUCAUCAUCUUCAUCAUCACAAGCUGCCACGUGGCAAAGAGUAAGUGAAUUCAUAUUUUGAAAAUUAUGUACACGAAUAUAUUUAGGCAUCGGCUUCAUUUCAAGAAGUUGAACCCUGGAAUCGACCGUAUGUAGAAGAACCAGAAGAAGAUCAUGGAAAAUAUUCAGUUAGAAAUGCAAGAGGAACUGAAAUUCAAACAAAUCACAAUCAAAAUCAUAUCGAAAAAACAUUUUAUACACUAGUUACACAUAAUCGAAGAAGGUUCGUUGAAUUUUGAAAAAUAUUUAUAAAAUUAUGAAAUACAAAAUAUCUGGUUUCAAUCAUAAGAUUUUUUUCAAUGGUUUUUCUUUUGCAAAAUAUAGAGCACACUUAUCUAAGCUGACAAGUUUCAUCAUAGUUUUUUUUGGAAAAAAAAAACAAAUGAGGAAAAUUGAUGGGUCAACGGUGAGAAAAAACAGAUGCAACACAUUUUGUUGUAAAAAAUCCUCGUUUUUCCCAUUUUUUCCACCCAAUCAUCAUAAAAAAGAACACUUCGAAUUUUGAAGAUUGUGAAAUUUUUAUGAAAACCCGCUGAGCUAGAAUUUUUUGUAGUCAAUUUCUUGGCCAAAUUCUAUUUUUUUAAUCUAAGUUUUUUUUUCGAAAAGAGAACCCUCCAUUUUUUCCCAAAUUUUGUACUCUAUGGAAUUUCGGAAAAUUAUAUUGGCAAUCCUGAUAAAAAUUAAUUGUUAUCCCAACAUCAAUUGAUCGUUCCGAUUUCACGUGCAGUCAUGUCCGAGUGGUUAAGGAGAUUGACUCGAAAUCAAUUGGGCUUUGCCCGCGUAGGUUCGAAUCCUGCUGACUGCGAAUUAUUUUUUUGGAAAUCAGUUGAAACAUUUUAGGAGCAGAUUCAAAAUUUACAUUAGUUUUUAAAAAAUUCGAAUAAUAUAAAUCUUGAUUGAUAUUUACUCCGUUAGAUUCCCUUUUCUAAAAAAUUCAAUGAAACCUCAAUCCUCAUUCAAUAAUUUUCUGGAUUACUAAAUGAGUUUGGUAUGUUUGCAUUGUGUCCUCUUUUAUCUUCAAGUGUGAUUGAUAUCCUUCCUCCACCUCUUUUCUUUUAUCAUUUUUUUGUCUGUUUCUGCGCGAGAGCAAUUUUUCUGUGCACUCUUUUCAGUUGAAUGAUAUAAAUUGUAAUGAAAAUGGUUCAAUAAAAUGGGAGCCAAGUGUUGUGCACCAAAUGGUGCAAAACUUCGAAAACGGUGAGAACUUCAAAUUUCAUAAAUUAUUUAUAAUUAAAAAUUAGAAAAAAACGAAUUGUUAAUUAUUUCAGACUCGAAGAUCAUGAAGUAUAUCUUCCAUCUGCGAAUUCAACAUUACAACGUUCAACUCCAACUCCAGCACGAAAUGAAACAAUUCAAAUGGCAGCAGCAACAACGACAGCACGAAAAUCUACAGUAACUACAGUAAUCCACAAUAAACCAGUUAUCACAAAUCAUACGAUACGAUCAACUGAUACUUUUCCAGUUGUUAGAAUUCCGAAACAUCAUAUUGAAAAAGUUGAAACAUCGGAUGUUAUGUAAGUUUUUGUUAAGGUUUUGGAAUAAUUUGUGAAUUUUUUGUAGACAUGGUUCAAUUGGUUCACGCUUAAAUGAUAUUUCGGGUCGAAGUGUUGUUCGAGAUGUUAAAACUGGUCAAAAAAUGUCGGCGAUUCCACGUGGCGAAAGUCAACCACCACAAGGAAAAGUUACAUAUAAAUACAAGUUGGUUGAAUUUCACUAAAGUGACUUGAUUUAUGAUAAAAUUUUUCAGAGUUGAUGCUUCUGAACGUCGAAUCGAUUAUAAAUAUCAUUCAGAAACUUUGUUGUAUAAUUUCGAACAAACAACGUAAGUUUUGGAAAUCUCAGAAAAAAAGGAAUGCUCCAAAAAUUUUAGAACAAUCUAAAAAAAAUAAAUAAAUAAUUAAAUGAGUUCACGUUUUCCAAAAAUGUUCCAUUUAUAUUUUUCGAAAAAUUAGCAAUGCUCCAUUAUAAAAUCUUUCCAAAAAUAAACCGGUGAAGAGUCAGUUUAAUUUUUUCUCAUUACAGACUACUGUAUGUUUUUCUAAUUUUUUAUUUUUAGGAAACGCGAACAACUCGAAACUUGGACAAGUUUGAAUAGGAAACCAGUUGCGAAAAAAGCAAAAGUUGAAGAAUUAACAGAAGAUUGUGAGUUUUUUUUUGAGGAUAGCAAAAUAUAUUAGCAUACGGUACCAAAAAUCCAAAAAAAGUAGACCGACAAACCGCUGACACUUGA